AUGGGCAUGACCAAUGCAGAGAGACAAAGAAAAUUUAGACUUGCGCGAGAUGCGGAUCCCCAAAGAAGACAAGCCUACUUAAACAAAUGCAAGAAGAAAUAUAAAGACGAUAUAGCCGUUGGAAAAAAGAAAUUGGUAAAGGACAUGACAGAAAGAGAGCAUAGACGAGAAAAAAAAAAGAAUGGAGGCAAAGACAAAAAAAAACUCCGUAAAAGACAAAAAGAUGCACAUGAAAUGACAAAGAGCCUAGAAACCCCUCCCCAAUCACCAAGUUCAGAUACAAACGCUUCAAGUCGUCAAAAGAAACAGGCCGACAGAAGAAAAAAGAAAGAAGUUGCAAAAUGCUAUAGAAUAAAUAAAACACUGGAAUUAGAAAUUAAACACUUACAAAAGAAAGCCGAGAUGUACAAGAAACGUUGGCAACGGGAAAAAAUUAAAGCACGUGGCCACACUGAAGAUUCACCUCGAACAAUGACUAAAACAUUACUUCGAAACUUUCCAGUUGGAAAGAAAAAAGUUAAAAAGGCUCUAUUUCAAUUCCAUGUCCUGGUUGAGCAGCUGAAAAAAAAUAUGCAGAGCAAAAGAAGAUUGAGAAGCUCAGGUUCACAAGAAAUAUCUCAGGUUCCGUGCUAA